CGUACACACACACGCGCGAGCGUAUCGCUUACAUUCACGCUCUGCAAGGGAGUAACCCACCGACGCGAUUUAAGAAGAGAUUCCUCCAGUUUCCUGAUCCAAACACUUGUACUUGCACACAUACACACCCACACAUAAACCAAGGUGUGUGAAGUGAACAGCCUGGUGGAGUGUGUGUAUCCCAGCUCUGGGCAGGAUGGGCACGACUGGACAGGACGAGGUCCGUGGUUUUUGUGCACGGUUUUUGGAGGAGUUCCCGAACCCUCUCGGGGAGGACGACCCUUUACCCCUCAGCCCCCUCAGUCGAAAGGUCACUCUCCCAGAGGUCAAAGGUGAGAGCCUGGAUCUUGGACUUCGUCUGCUGACAGCUAGGAACGCUUCAUCCUGGCUGAGUGCUGCUGUGUGCCAUGCCGCUGUGUCAGAGCUCCUAAAGGGUGACCUUUCACCUUUUCACUGUACCCAGGAUGCCGAGCAGGCGGAGGAGACAGAGCAGGAAGUGGUUUUGUUACAGUCAGAACCUCUACAGAGGCUCUUUCUGAAUAAGCUAAGGGAGGUGGUGGUGUCGUGGCAUAAACAGCCCCCGGAACCUCCAGCCCGCUCCUCAAGGUUCCGCCUCUGCUCUGUGCACGCCAUUCGGAACACCCGUCGGAAAAUGGAGGAUCGUCACGUGAUCCUGUCCGACUUUAACCAGCUCCUGGGACUCCAGGAAGGGCCGGGACGUGAGUACUAUGCGGUAUUUGAUGGACAUGGAGGUGUGGACGCUGCCACAUAUGCUGCCACCCAUUUACACGUCAUUCUCAGCCAGCAGGAGGCGCUGUCCACUGAUGUAGCUGCUGCAUUUAAAAACGCUUUCACCAGCACAGACGACAUGUUCAAGAUCAAAGCUAAGAGAGAGCGUCUGCGGAGUGGCAGUACGGGUGUGGCCGUUUUGUUGGACGGCGAUUGGCUGCAUGUCUCCUGGCUGGGCGACUCCCAGGCCCUGCUGGUUAGACAGGGAGACCCUGUUACACUGAUGGACCCUCACAAACCAGAGAGAGAGGAUGAGAAACUUAGGAUCGAGGAUCUGGGCGGGUGUAUUGCCUUCAUGGGCUGCUGGCGUGUUAACGGCACCUACGCGGUGUCCCGGGCCAUCGGUGACUUUGACCAGAAACCGUACGUGUCAAACGCCGCUGACUGUUCCUCCACGCGGUUGAACGGGGACGAGGAUUACGUCCUGCUGGCGUGUGACGGGUUUUUCGACGUGGUGCAGCCAGCCGACGUACCCGGCCUGGUUCUGGAAGCCUUGCGGGCCAGUUCUGGUUCCGGGGAGGAAGUGGCCCAAAGCCUGGUGGCGCAGGCCAAAGCGGCCGGGUCCAGCGACAACAUCACGGUUCUGGUGGUGUUCCUGAGGGAACCAGCACAGCUGCUUUGUCAGGAACCGGGACGGCAGAGCCGAAAAACAGAGCAAGAACCAGACGUCUCCGACGCUGCAGCACAGAACUGAGAUCCAGAAGGUUUUCAUCAGGAUCAGAGGAUCGGCUGAAUUCCAUGCCGGCCCUCUGUCCACCUCCAGAAGCAAACCGAGUGGUGGCGACCAUUUUGGAGGUCUGGGCGGGAGGCCUUGGGCAUCCUCUGAAGCCGGUCCAGUCGACAAUGAAAUGCCACGCAUAUACAGCUCAUCAGUGUUGAGGUCAUUCAGAAGUGACAGCGAUAAUAGCAACAUAUUCCGUUUUUAAAACAAAACAAAACAAACAAACAAAAAAUAACAGGACUUUUUCUAGUAUCUACUGGUAUGACUUAGGUUGAGGAACUGGUUUGACCAGUUUAACUAAAUCCCAGUUUAACUUAAAGUUUAACUUGACUGCUUUGUUGCAUUGGUUUUGUUGGCCUUUCUCUUAUGUACAGGUGCUGCACAUCCCUCAGAAGAAUCUGACAAACAUGAGGAGAUGUAAGAAUGUGCCAAGCCGAGGUUGUGCUUUGAAAGGAACGGAAACAUUUAUCAUUCUUCGUUCUAAGAUGCAACUUUUUUUUUUUUCCAAUACUGAAACGUUUUCUACAGGGUUUUCCCGUAUCAAAAGACUGUUACAUCGUCAUGGAAACUGAAGACGGUUGGUGUCACUUUAAAAUAUUUGUCUGGAGGUGGAAAAAAAAAAUCUGAGCAUUUCCUGUUUUCGUGGAAUGUCUCCCACAGUUUUGAUAGUUCACGCCACGGUCAGAGAGAUUCUCAGCUGUACUUACCUCAGCUCUGUGCCAUAGUAUGUAAGAGUUUUUUUCUGCAUCAAAGUAAUGUUAAUGUUUAAAUGCCAGUCUUUGCCAAGAACUCUUUUUCGCCUUUCAUUGGAGACCAAUACUUUUUCCAGGCUCCUCGGUAGCUUCCUGUUUACCUGUAGCUUUUGUACAAUGUGCGUAAAAAAAAAAAGGCAAUUUGUGAUUGCACAAAAACUUGUUUUUUUUUUUUGUAAUUGCACCACUGCAUGACGGUCUUACUGGAUACUAACGAAAAACUAACAUAUGCAAACAGACCGGAGCAGAUCUCUCCUCCUAGAACCACGUGCGGUGUCCGCAGCCUUCAUGACUCCGGCGUAAAGACAGGAAUGCUCGAUGGGGUUCGUUUCCAGUCCGCGUGCCUUUCUUCUGGACGUCAGCAUUAGCGGCGGUAAUAUCAUACGCCGUCUGAGCGCGAGGGAAAGGGAAAGAGAGAGUGUUUACCGGCAGCCUGGCCGAGCCCUUCCUGCAGUUUGGCUGAGGGAACCGAAGGGCUCACCUUACACCCCAAAGCAUGAAUAUUUAAAUAGGCCUGUGACAUGCAACUAAUAUGACUGCAGCAGCCGCUGCGCAAGCCGUUCGGACUAAUUAUAGAACCAGCCUGAUGGCCGCGGAACGGAGAGAGAGAGAGAGGAGGAUGGGCCGCGGGGUGUCAGGACAGUCAGAUAAGAUGGCUACGAAGUUCUCUCACACACCUUAGGUGUUGUUACUCUACCUACAAACCGUACACUUUCAGUCGGAUCUCCCCUGUGACGUCGUGCUAGUGUGUUGUGACGUAACACAAAUACAGUAUUAGAUCAAGAGACCGAAUUUCAUUCCGUAAUAAUCAAUUACGCACGAUGGUUGACGAGAUUGUUGUCGUGUAUAAAUGAUUUCAGUUACUGCUGCUUUUUCUGGAGGUGUGUUAAUGAUUACUGUAAGCUGAGUAAAGAAACCGCAUUCUUUAAAGUUUUUCGAAACAGUUGACUGACCUUGUUUUUAACCCAAAGACUUCCUGCUGAUUUCAGAAUAGUGGCUGACACAAGUUUAUGGGACCUUGAAUAUUCUUUUUAUUUUUUUCUCCCCUGCUGGAUGUCACUUUUCCUUGUGUCAAGCUCUCUCUCUCUCUCUCUCUCUCUCUCUCUCUCUCUCUUUCUCUUUGUGCAGUACUUGUUCAAUAGAGCUUUGUGUCUCUGAUGUGUCGUUCCGUUGCCAUAUCUUUGCCAUCUAAGCUGUGGUUACAUGAUGCCUUUGCCAGUAAAUGACAUAAUCUGUACUUGUGAUCUUUUGUCUGGUUAGACUUUUCCCAUAAUGCACUGCACGGCCCACUGCUGGGAACAAGCGGUGACAUCAUUGCGACGGCCCGCUGCCCAGUUAGCCGCCUGAGCCCCUAAAGAAUACAACUGGAGUUUGAGCAGGGACAGUGAUGUCAUAAUGGAAGCUUUGGAAUUUUUAACGUGGUUCCAACGAAAUGUUGCUUCGUUGGAUUCCACAGAGGGUCUGGCUCCGGCUCCCGGUGCUCGAUUCUCCUCCGAGGGUUCCAGAAUGUCCUUUUCCUCAGCUGUGAAGGAAUGCCAGGAAUGUUCUGUAGGUUAAGGCCAAUAGAAAUGGCUAAGAGAUGUUCUCAUCGCAGCAGUAGACAGAUCUGGUGUCCUUCAUUCCAUGUGACUGAAGAUGCAGCAUUUAACUUUUUUUUAAUUUUUUUUUUUUUUUUUUAAAUGUUUUACCAUCAUAUGUUGCUCCUGUUAAACAUGAACGUUUUGGUUAAUUUAUCAUUCUGAAUCAAGAAGUCAUAUCACUGGACUACAUAGUUAUGAAUUUCUUACCAGUUUAAAAAAAAAAAAGAAAAAAGAGGGGGAAGAAAUGGAGGAAGUGGUCAGGAUUUUGGAAUGUGGCUGCAGUGGCCGAUGGCCGGACGUGGCGUAGCAGUAUUCAGCAUAAGGCACCACCGCACUUGUUUCUGUUUCUGGAUAUUAAGAUUUCAUUUUUUUUUUUUACUAAUACAUGUGUAAACUCUUUCCUCAUUGUUACGCAGUCUCUCUCACAUUGAAUGUUCUGGCAGUGCCUUGCUUGUGUGCACUUGCUUGUGUGUGUGUGUGUGUGUGUGCGCGUGUGUGCGUGCGUGCGUGUGUGCAUCUCUUUUCCAAAGCAAACACAAAAGGCCAAUUACAGUAUUAUUAAAUGGCGUGAGGAGAGUUCUAGGAAUAGUCCUACUGACACUACACAUUCACUGCCAUUCUACUCAACUGUGAGGGAACUGGUGCGUCUCGAGCAGUGCAUUGGUGUGUGUGUGUGUGUGUGUGUGUGUGCGCGCUCACACACACGUUUGUGUCUGUGCGCGUGUUUCUUAAAACCAUGUUCUCUGUAGACAUUUGUAAUGAUAAAGGUAGUCGUGUAAUUAAUAUUUGUACUCUGCUAACACAAGCGUAAAUGUGAUCUUCAUACGUGGAUGUAGUGAACUGUCAAGCUCAGCUCCAGUGGACCUAAUGCCAGCCAGCAAACCAACUCACCCUUUGGCGCCGUUUUCUUCGCCUGUCGGGUGAUCUGAUGUUGUGAGGUUUUUGAAAUAACCCUUUUUGUAUUGAGAUUCUCUCUGUGUUGACUUCACCAUUAAAUCAUGACA